CUAAUUAACCUUAUUGUUAGUAUUGAAUUUCCCACCAUGAAACCAUUUUGGGUUGUUCUGACUUUCUUUCUCUUGCUAGUAGCAAGUAAGAAGGCCAACUCAAUUGACCUAGUUGAAGUUGUUUCCUUCAACUUCGACCCUUUCAGCCAUGGCAACCCAGCAAUAGAACUCCAAGGUGAUGCCACCAUUCUUACAGAUGGCAACGUGCUCCUCACCGACCUCUCUAGUCCAGGCAGCACAGGCCGUGUUCUCUACGCGCCACCCGUGCGCCUUUGGGACACUGCCAGCGGAAAUGUCGCCAACUUCAUCACCUUCUUCUCUUUCCAGUUAACGGAUUAUCAAGAUUUCACUCCCGCCGACGGCAUUGUCUUUUUCAUUGCACCAGAAAAUACUCAGAUUCCUCCCGGCGCAACUGGCGGCGCUCUCGGAGUCGCUGAUCCAAGCGGUGUGGGUGAAUUUGUUGGCGUAGAGUUUGAUACCUAUUCCAACGGCGAGUAUAGGGACCCACCUCAUAGUCACGUUGGAAUUGAUGUCAACUCUGUUGUUUCAUUGAGGACUGUAGAGUGGAAUAGACAGAGUGGAUCAGUGGUUGAGGUGACUGUGAUAUACGACUCUUCAUCAAAGACAUUGAGUGUUGCUGUGAAGAACAGGAGUGGAGAAAUUGUUACUAUUUCAGAAGUUGUUGAUUUGAAAGAGAAGCUUCCGGAGAGAGUCAAGUUUGGUUUUUCUUCCGCUGGUUCGCUUGGCGGUCGUCAGAUAAAUCUAAUUCGUUCAUGGUCGUUCUCUUCAUCCUUGAAGACAGUAACCGGUGUUGCAAGCGCAUGAUGUGGUGUACCCUAAUGUCUUCUAGAUAAAGACCAUAUAUAUUUAUGUAUCCUAUCAACCUUAAUUAGCUUGUGCGUGUUUUUAAUGUUGUCCUUGUAUGCUCCAAUGUUUUCACUAAUCAACGGUUAGCUUGUAGUUGGAGUUGGCCAUCUGAAUAAAAUAACUGACAUAAUCAGUUUGGGUA